CCAACUGUCAUGGCUUCAGUCGACGCUCAUCUGAGAGGCAGUGAGCCCCACCUUCUCAACCACGACCCAACAUCCCUUGUCACUGGCUCAGCCUUUGGUACUAUGACUGAGGCCGCAGUGGUCUUCGUCGCAUUAAGCUUCAUGUACGCUCUCAAGGGUCUUGGUUCGCCUGUUACCGCUACCAGAGGCAACGCUGCUGGUUCUAUUGGCAUGCUAGUGGCGGUCGUCUUCGCUUUCUAUGAUCCCCACUUUACUUCCAAGUCACUCGAGAUCGCACUUAUCUGCUUCGCUGUGGCCGCCGUUGCAGGAAUCAUGAUUGCUAACAAGGCUAAGAUGAUUAUGAUGCCACAGAUGGUUGCCGGCUUUCACGCCAUGGUCGGCCUAGCCGCUGUCAUGGUCGCCUUUGCUCGUUACUUCGAUCCCGCCGAGGAGAUGAGUGCUGGUCACUUGGUUGAGACUAUGAUUGGUAUAUUCUUCGGUGCCAUGACCCUUACCGGUUCCAUUGUUGCUUGUGGCAAGCUACAUGGAAUUAUCCGUUCUAAGGCCCUUCUUCUCCCCUUCCGUCACUGGAUCAACGCUAGCAUCUGUGUCGUCUCAGUUGUGCUAACGGUUUACCUUUGUAUCAUUGGUAAGGGGACUCAGGGUGGUGCGAUCUGCAUUGGUAUUGAGAUGGCAGUCUGCCUUUAUCUCGGUUGGGCUCUCGUCAUGUCCAUCGGUGGCGCUGAUAUGCCUGUUGUUGUCUCCAUGCUGAACUCCUACUCCGGUUGGACUACCGUUGCCUGUGGUUUCAUGCUUUCCAACACGAUCCUUAUCAUCGCCGGUUCUCUUAUUGGUUCUUCUGGUGCCAUCCUUUCUUACAUCAUGUGCAAGGGUAUGAACCGUUCCUUCACCUCCGUCAUUCUUGGUGGCUUUGGUGUCGAGGAGGGCCACACCGUUGAGGUCACUGGUACUGUUACUGAAACCAAUGUUGAUGAAGUCUCUCAUGAUUUGCUCAACGCAAAGUCUGUCAUCAUUGUUCCCGGCUACGGUAUGGCCGUGGCUCGUUGCCAGCAGUCUGUAGCCGGCAUUGCCGAGCUUCUGAGGUCGCAAGGCACUAAGGUUGAGUUCGCCAUUCACCCCGUCGCUGGUCGUUUGCCGGGCCAUAUGAACGUCUUGUUGGCGGAGGCUAACGUCCCCUAUGAUAUCGUUAAGGAGAUGGACGACGUCAAUCCUCAAUUCCCCACCACUGACGUAUCCAUUGUUUGCGGUGCCAACGAUAUCGUCAAUCCGCUGGCCGUUGAGGACCUCUCCUCGCCCAUCGGGGGCAUGCCCGUUCUUGAGGUAUGGAAGGCUACUCGAUGUGUUGUCAUGAAGCGUUCCAUGGCCACUGGCUACUCUGGUAUUGAGAACCCCUUGUUCUACAAGGAGAAUACUCGUAUGCUCUUCGGCAACGCCAAAACACGUACUCAGGAGAUUCUGGCUGAACUGCAGAAUCUCACGAAAGACCUACAGCCUGCUGCUACAUCUGGCGGGAAUGCUACUACUCCUCUACUAGCUGCUGAGACGAAACCCGAGCCGCAAAAGGUCAAGGAGUAUCCGCCGACGAAGAAGAUCAUAGGCGUCUUGAAUGAGACUAAAAAUUCUGAGGAGACUCGUGUUGCAAUCGCACCGAAUGUGGUGUCCAAGUUCCGAGAGAUGGGGUAUGGUUUCGUUAUGGAAAGCGGAUGCGGAGACAAGGCCUCCUUCCCUGACCGCUAUUAUGCCACUGAGGGUUGCAAGUUGGUGAAGACGCCUGCAGAGGUGUUCAAGGCUGCUGACAUAAUCUGCAAGAUCAAUACACUGACGGAAGAUGAUAUCAAGUCGUUGAGGAAGGGUCAGAUCGUGGUUACUUACUUGUGGCCCGCCUUCAACCCCGAGUUGCUCAAGACUCUUGCUGCUAAGGGUGUGACUGCCAUGUCUGUCGACGCUGUUCCCCGAAUCACUCGAGCCCAGAAGUUGGAUACUUUGUCCUCUAUGGCCAACAUGGGUGGCUACAAGGCUAUUAUUGAGGCUUUCCAUCUUUUGCCUCGUUUUUCCAAGCCCCUAACUACUGCAGCAGGUGCGGUGCCAGCAGCGAGGGUCUUCAUCAUCGGUGCCGGUGUAGCUGGCCUUUCGGCAGUUGGCACCGCCCGUUCCCUUGGUGCUGUUGUUGUUGCAAAUGAUACCCGUUCUGUUGUGAAAGAGCAGGUCGAGUCUAUGGGCGCCGAGUUCGCUGAGGUCCCGGUUAAGGAAGAGGGUGCUGGUUCUGGUGGUUAUGCUAAGGUCAUGUCCGACGAGUUCCGCCAGGCCCAGAUGCAACUUUAUGCUAAGUUGAGUGCCGACUCCGAUGUUGUUGUCACCACCGCCCAGAUCCCCGGCAAGCCCGCUCCUCUGCUUAUCACCAAGGAGAUGGUUCGCUCAAUGAGGCCCGGCUCUGUUAUUGUUGAUCUCGCCGCUCAGCAGGGUGGUAACUGUGAGCUCACUCAGAAGGACAAGACUUUCCUUGACCCCGAGAGCGGUGUGACCAUAGUUGGUGAAUCUAACCUGGCUCGUUUCAUGCCUGCUCAGGCUUCCGAGCUCUUCGCCGCUAACAUGGGUCACUUGUUCAAGCACAUGGGCGAUGCAGGCAACCUUGACAAUGCUAUAGACAACCCAGAUGAGGUCAUCGAACCGAUCCGUUGCACAUACCGCGGUCAGGUUACGUGGAAGCCAGCAGCUCCCCCAGCUGCGCCUCCGCCUAAGGCAAAACCUGCUAAUCCUACUCCUCCAGUUGAGAAGCCAGAAAAGAAGGAACAAUCGAACUUCUCUAAAUGGCUCAAUUUUUUCAUUCUUCUGCUGGUCGUUGGGGUUAUCUGUAUCGCUGCUGGCUUCAGUAACGACAUGCAACUCGUAACCCAGUUGAUGGCGUUCGUUAUGGCGGUCAUUAUUGGCUAUUUUUUGGUUUGGAGCGUGGACCCAGCUCUACACACUCCUUUGAUGUCGGUAACCAAUGCCAUUUCUGGUAUCAUUGUCGUCGGAGCAAUGACGCAGCUCUCAGCUCAAGGUCACAUGGCUGCGGUCUGUGCUAUUAUCGGUACAUUCUGUGCAUCGUUUAACAUUUUCGGUGGUUUCUGGAUUACUAAACGUAUGCUGGGUAUGUUCCGAAGGUGAAGUUUAUGUUAACAAGCAGUCGCAACGAUUAUGUUUUUUCCAAAAAAUGCCACACCUUUCGCUAGGCUGGAGUCUCGAGCGAUGUUUCCUUGCGUAUAGCAAUGGACAGUUCUAUAGCUAACGGCAUGAUG